UGUCACCCACGGUUCUAACCCCACAUUUUUUCAAAAAUUGUAAUGUUUUUGAGUUUAUUUAAAUUGAGCAACACUUACUGGAACAUCAACAUUCGAAAUUUACAUAAGUACAUGUUUAAAAUGGACAAAGCAUAUCUCAGACAUGUAACCGAGACUGAACAAUUCCAAAUCAGCUUCCGAUAUUCGGACUCAAAUAAAGUUGAUCGACAAUUCAACUUCUGUAGGCAACUUAAAGAACCUGUUGGUACUUUUCUAAGUCGAGUCACUGCAAAUGUUUCCAAAGUCAUUAACAAGAAAAAUAAAAAGAAAAAAACUGAUAAUGCGCAAGAGGAAGAAAAUACCAUUUCUGCCUCUCUGCUGCACAACGGAACUGUGGUCGGUGAUGAGCGGACUUGUCACGACUUAUUCAACUCGCAUGCCUCGGACGAAAUUGUUCUGCAACUGCUCGACAAGGAGUAUUUGAUAGUUAUAAACUCGCCGUGGAUUAACAGUUUAAGUCUACCGAAGUCAAUAAUGGCAAACUUCCCAGUUUAUCCUGCAAAAUUUGAAGGGGAUUUCAUUGAUAAGAACUUAUCGGAGUUUAAUUGGUACAAGUCCGAGGACAAAAUCAAUUGGGAAUUAGUUGGCUGCGGUUUUAUGUAUCUUCCUAGGAAUGAAGAUAUUAAGCACUAUUUAAAAAUGACAUGCUUGCCUAAAAAUGAAAACGCCACCGGUCCCUUUGUAGAGACAGUUUCGGAAACGUGUGUUGAGGCUAGUCCCGGCUAUUGCCCAUUUGAAACCAGACACCAGUUUACAAAGGAUAGACUUAUUGGUAAAGAAUUUCGAGUUGUUACUUAUAAUAUCUUGGCUGAUCUGUAUACGGAUUCAGAUUUUUCAAGGAAUACUCUGUUUCCGUACUGUCCACCGUAUGCCUUGAGCAUGGAUUAUCGCAAACAGUUAAUCAUCAAGGAGCUUCUAGGAUACAAUGCAGACAUAAUAUGCCUACAGGAGCUUGAUAAAAAGAUAUUUGUGAAUCACAUCGAACCUGUAUUUACCGCUAUGGACUAUUCAUGUACAUUUCAACUAAAAGGCGGUGAAGUCGCUGAAGGCUUAGGAUGUAUUUAUAACAAUAAGCGUUUUAGAUUUUUAGAAUCAAAAACAAUGCUCUACGGCGAACUCAUAGAUAAGGACCCUCUCUUUGGAGACAUUUGGCAAAAAAUAUCAGCUAACCCCAAACUAAUAGAGCGUUACACACAAAGAUCUACGGUGCUUGAACUGACCCUUUUAGAGUCGCUUGAAAAUGAGGAACUGCUAUUAGUUGCAAAUACACACUUGUACUUUCAUCCAGAUGCAGAUCACAUUCGGCUUUUGCAAGGUGCAGUUGCGAUCAGGUUUAUAGAAGAUUACAUGCUUAAAUUGCAAUCGCAGGCCAAAGUGAGGAUCUCACUGAUAUUUUGUGGUGAUUUUAAUAGUGUGCCAGAGUGUGGCAUUUAUCAAUUGUAUACAAAAGGUUCAGUCAGUGAAGAUUUUGUAGAUUGGGGCAGCAAUGCUGAAGAGACUGUGAGAGGUUUAAAUCUCACGCAACGUUUUAACCUGGAGAGUGCAUGUGGAACGCCACCAUACACCAACUAUACAGCGGGAUUUUUUGGUUGUUUGGAUUAUAUUUAUUAUGAGAAAGAUAAUCUUAGUGUAACACAAGUAAUUCCAUUACCAAGCCAUGAGGAGGUGAUGGAACAUAUUGCGUUACCUAGUAUUGUGCAUCCAUCUGAUCAUAUAGCAUUAGUUGCCGAUUUAAAAUGGUUGUAAUUAAUUUAGAUUAUAUAAACUUCAUUAAUGACUACAA